AUGCUUAGGUCCCUCCGGGCAGCAUUUGGACGAGAACAUGUUCAGCAUUAUGGCAGUUAUAAAACGGACCCGCCAGUGCACGACUCGGCGGUGGACAUCGGCGAAGACGACGAAUUCGGGUUUACUGUUAUUCAGUCGAUGGAUGCAUCUGUAUACAAUCAACAUCCACACAACGUGUCGCAAGAGAAAGUAGAGUCGCUUUCCUACUGCUCCUCUUCUUCUGCAGAAGGAAUGAGGAACGUGAAUGACGUCAGGGUGACGUCACAUGUACCCUGUCGUCCAUCAUCGCCUACAUCAGCGGCACGUCAAAUGUGCAGACUCGAGUCACGUGACGCGGCAGAUUUCGUGAAAGUGACGGAUAUUCCUGUUUGGCUUGGCGAUCAUCUAAGAGUUGCUAUGGAGGCAAAACAAGUGGUUUCUUAUUUUACAACUGCGGACAACUUGCUGCAGUUGGACAUUUCACGUUUCACAUAUGACUUCACUCUUGAACGACAGUUCUUAGCUUCGGUACAAUAGUGUAUUAUGGUUUUGAUGGAGAGACACGACUGUAUAUUUUGGAGUAUGAUUAUUGAUAUGUAUGAAUUGUAUCAAAUUUUUGUGCUGUUAGUCGAUCUGAUCAUGAUAAUAAACUACUUUCAUCAGUUUGA